GGGAAAGUCCAAAAUUUAAGGUUGCUUCUGGUUUCCAGGGAAUAGUUUCCGCUCUUUCCCAACUUUACCACACUGGCGCCAUGUGGCUGACAGGAGGGGGUCAGUAACCCCACACAGGACGACUUGUCAACUGCAAACAGGCCCUUGCGCCUUCUUUUCAUUAGAUCAACCACCCCGACAUGAUGGUCGUGCAGCUGAUCAAAGCUUGGUCAUCCUCAGUCCAUAACUCGACUCUGUUUCGGUAGUCACGCAAGCCAGUGCUUCCAACAAUGCCAUUACACGCUACGCAGGGCGGGAAGCCAUUUGGCACCCAGCGUCUAUAUAAGAUAGCCAAUCAGCAUGCCUUGGUAAUCGACUUCCCAGCUGUAUACAUCGCAGGUACCUACCUACCUACCUUACAGUCAACAUUUUGUCACCAGUAUGGAGUAACUGCAGACCGCGGUGGACAUUGGGAAAGGGUCUCUUGGAGCAAUGCCUAACCCCUGGCGACAUUCAACUCACCCGGGAACUUGAUCGGGAGCGUACAGCAGACCGAGUCUGCGCUUCACCUCGAGCAGUGAGAGCCAGGAGUCGAUCUUUCUCUCGUUGAGAAUCUGGCAAAGCUAGUGCUACAUAUCAUAAACUCUCUUGCGGUAGCUACUGUUCUCCCAGCACUCCAUAUAUUUUUCGACACGCUUGAAGCCUGUCGUAAAAAUGUUGGGAGACGUUACCUGAUCAGCCCAGAGAUGCGAAGGUCAUACCUUCAAUGUGUCAUCAAUGUCGUCAGCUUUCUCAGAUAGGUCCUUGACAUAUAUCGGGCCGUAAUCCUCCCAAUCGGUCCAAAGAACGCUUUCCCCCUACGAGUAAGAGUACUGCCAAUUUUGGCCAAGAAAUGCUGGCAUGUUGCGCAUCUGAUGGACACUCUUCUUCAGUUGACGGCUCUGAGACACUACCUGUCAACAAACCAACAAGUCGUACCCACAAAAUGCUUAUCGAAUAACCUCACACCUUUCCGAGACGGACCACAGACCUCUGUGGCGCUGUCAGGCACAGAUGCAAAACUCCCCUGUUUCGUUUUGCCAUCCACCAGAUCUAGGUACAUGUUUGAGAUUCCCAGCGCCAUGGAAACGCUGUAGCAACACUUCAGAAAGCCUGACAUACUCAAAAAAAUCCGGCGCAGAACACCUUCGUGCCCUAACAAUCACAAAUGAUGCCACUGCCAGUGGGAAGAGCAUGAUGACCCUUCAGUAUGCCGACAUGCUUCCUGCCCAAAAAGAGGUGGAUGUAAUAUUCUGGAUCCCAGAGGGUAACGUAGCCGAUGUUCGCUCUCAAACCUUCGGCACUAUGGCGGUUCAUCUCUGUCUUCUCGGCGCAAAGCCGGGAGACUUCAAAACCAACGGCAGCUUGUUCUUGAACCUGGUUAUCAAAUACGGACUCCCCUUUAACCUGCUUCGCAUGUACUGA